ACUACUAUUUUGUGUAUGUAUACAUUUCGGUUAUGACAAAAAGUUCUUGACUUGCAACGAAAAUAACUUGUUGAAUUGAUAACUUUUCCAGCAUCAUAUCUGCUGGAUAAUAUUUUUUUAUCAUGAUGGAUGACGAUUAUGAUGAUGAAAUUGACACCGAUAGAGGUUGGUACGAUGAUACCAACAUGGACCAAGAUUCAGAUGAGCCCUCUGCUGAAGAUCAAGAGGCAAGAAAUGCAAUGAUACAGGCAGAAUGCAUUGAAAAGUUCAGUAGCCAAGAUUUUAUAAUGGAACCUGAAAUAUUCAACCAGUUGAAGAGAUAUUUCCAGAGUGGGGGAAACCCUGAACAAGUCAUAGACUUGCUAUCUGAAAACUAUCAUGCCAUAGCCCAAACAGCUAAUUUAUUGGCUGAAUGGUUGAUUAUGGCUGGAAUGAAAAUUUCUGAAGUACAAGCUCUUGUGGAAGAUCAUUUGAGAGAGGUUAUAAUCAGGCAUUUUGAUCCAAAGAAAGCAGAUUCCAUUUUCACUGAAGAAGGUGAAACUCCAGCUUGGUUAACUGAAAUGAUUGAGCAUCCUACCUGGAGAUCUUUGAUUUAUAAGCUUGCAGAGGACUACCCUGAUUGUCUUAUGUUGAACUUUACAAUCAAACUGAUUUCAGAUGCAGGGUAUCAGGGUGAAAUAACAAGUAUAUCUACUGCUUCACAGCAACUCGAGGUAUUCUCCAGAAUCUUAAAAACUUCUGUUUCAAACUUCCUAGAAGGUGGGGAAGAAGAACUUAAAAAGAAUCUUCAUGAAUUUUGCAGAAUGGUGUGUCAUGGUGAACAUACAUAUCUCUACAGUCAAACGCUUCUUCACCUUCUUGCUCAGGAGCCUAGAGGAGGGUCUAAUAUCAAACGUCUUUCCCAAGAAACUAGUGCCUAUGUUCAAAAAACUGAACACAAUGCUACUCCAAUCACUAUGGCUCUAACAGGUGCAUCAGCUUAUCCUAGAGUUUGCCAAGCAUUGUCAGCUAUGUUGUGCAAAAAUGCUUUAAAUCCUGCUGAUAUAACUGUACUUUUCAAAAUGUACCAGGCUGCUGAGCCUCCUCCAGUCGAAUUGAUCCGAGUUCCUCAAUUUUUAGAUUUGCUUAUGGAUUCCUUAUUUAAGCCAGGAACAAAAAUUAAUCCUGAACAUAAGCCCAAAUAUAUCUACCUAUUAGCUUAUGCCGUGAGUGUUCAUGAAACUUAUAAGAAAGGUGUUCGCAAGAGUGUUAAUAAAGAAGAGUUAAAAACAACUACACAAGCUAUUGAAAAGGUGCAUAUGAUCUGCAAUGAAAAGAAAGGAUCGUCUGAGCUGAUACCAGAACUGAAUACCUUGGUCCACUGCAUCCGUUUUCCUAUUGUGGGUUUAGGUGUGGUAAGAUGGGUGGACUUUACAGUUUCAGAAAAAAGUUAUUUUAAAUUAUCCACAGAACAUACACCUUUGCAUUUGGCACUUUUGGAUGAAGUUGCCGCUGCCCAUAAUACUUUGCACCAGAAAGUUUUGGAACUCUUAAUCCGGUUGUUCGAAAUGCCUCAAGAAGACCUUGAUGUGCUUGUUCAGUUAGAAAUGAAGAAAAUGCUUUUAGAUAGAAUGGUUCAUUUGCUGAGUAGGGGGUGUGCAGUUUCAGUUGUUAAUUACAUAAAGACAUGUUGGCAGCGACAAGAUACAGACAUAUCUUUAAUUAGGUAUUUCGUAACUGAAGUUCUAGAUAUUAUUGCACCUCCAUACACAGCAGAAUUUGUGAACUUAUUCCUGCCAUUAGUUGAAAAUGAAGAUAUUACUGGCAAAAUGAAAUUUGAAGGUGGAAAUGAUCCUGUUUCUGAAUUUAUUAUGCUUUGUAAAGCAAAUUUGGCUCCUAAUUGACACUUAAGUGCUUUAAAAUCUGAAUUUUAUCCAUAUAUGAUAGUUUCUUCAAAUCUGCAUCAUUGGUUUCAGCAAUAAAUAUCAUUUUUAAUAUGUGUUGAAUAAAAAUACAAUUGUAA